GUGUCCUUGGCAAAAGCUGUGAGGGCGUCGCUCUUGCACUUUGGGUCGGCUGUGCAGCGGCAGGUCCUCGUAAAGGCGUUGUCGGAGUUUGCGACGCUGUGGCUGGACGAGUUCGAGCAGAAGUACUUGUCUGCUGACGCUGUUCAGAUCCUGUGCGCUCUGGCCACCGCUGCCCGACAUGUGCCACCGAAGACGCCGAAGAGACUCGUGUAUCGCAAGUGGAAGAACGAAGUGGAAACACUCCUCGAGCAUGUAGGCAUCACAGACCACCGCGAACGAAAGUGGCAUGCGGCUCCAGAAGAGAUUCUGGAAGUAACGCAGCGGCUUGCCAAGUUGGGUUCCAAGGAUUCCGUCCGUUUAGUAGAGGCAGUCCAAGAGGUGCUGCGCUUUGAGAAGCGCAGGAGACCUCUGCCGGCGAAGGCGCCAAAGCCGGAGGAUGCGAAGGAUGAGCUGCCUUCAGACUCCAGAGGCCUGGAGCACAAUCGCCCAGAAGAGCCCGUGUGCUUUGACAGCGUCUUGGUGCCCCAGGAUGCUGAGUUACAAUCUCUUGCCGUGCCGACGCUCAAAGAAGCGUGCUAUCCUGCAACUCGGCCGUAUGGCAUGGCCUGCAGCCUUGCAACGCUGGUUCAGGGUGCAACAACUGAGGCCCCUGAGGACAUCGUGCCGCUGCCAAAGGUGGAAGUUCGAGAACAGGCAUUGCGGGUGCCUGUCGAAUACAUGACAUUCCUGCGUGGGAAGUAG